UGCUAUGCUCUUUGAAAGGCGUUCAUUCACCUGGCCGCUCUGUCAUAAGAAGGACUUAUGCCUCACAACACAAGAGGGGAAACCUCCAUGGACGUUGAACACAGGUGACCUUGUAUGUUCGGGUUAUUAACGAUGGGGAUACGUGGACGACGACGUCAUUGCACACACAGUAUCGUCUUCACAGUCGCCGCCGGUAUCUGGACAGUGUUAUGCUGUAUCAUCGUCUUUGCAACGCAGACAAACGUGCGACGCCCACAACGUCACGCUAACGUCUCAGGUAACUUUUCAUCAGACGGUCAUUCCCAACCAUGUCCUACACCUUACGGAGCCAACAUUGACGACAACAUCAGACGCAUUUUAAGAAAUCAGAGAGACGCCGAGCCGGCAAGUCGGGUGUAUCUUCGCCAUCUUGGGUUACCUUGGCAGGGAGGAGCGUUUGUCAAUUUGUCCACAACAGCUGGGUCGACAUUUGACGUGGGGAGUUCAAGGCCAACAGGUAUCCAACCCACUGUGGUGCUGGCGGCGUCAGCCAACCACUAUCAGGAGCUUCAGGCUUUACUGCACAAUAUCCACAACGUCGUCAACCGAGAUGGCAGGUUGAAAGUUGUACUGUAUGACCUUGGACUAGGUCCCUUUCAACUUAAUCAGGUGCAUCGCCAUUGCAAGUGUGAAGUGCAUCCAUUCCCGUUUCACGAAUUCCCGACUCACGUCCGGGAUUUGGCCGUUUAUUCCUGGAAACCAAUCCUUGUACAGCUGGCUCUGAAACAGUGGAACUUCAUCAUGUACAUGGACGCCUCCAUCCGCAUCCUGACUUCGGAUCUCCAGGAACUCUUUGACGUUGCCUGGAAACGUGGGAUCCUCGUCAGUGACACUGAACACGAAUCCUUCAAGAUGGUAGAACACACUGAUCCAAGAACAUUUGCCUUCCUUGGCGAAAAACCUUGUUACUUUGAAAAUAUACCAGAGAAACAAGCUGGCUUUUUGUUGUUGAGACAAAGCAGACUUCUGCAGUUAAGCAUCAUUCGACCAUGGGUUGAGUGCACACUGUCCCUGGAAUGUAUUGCUCCGCAGGGGUCAAAGAUCAACUGGUUUUGUAGUUACUAUCGCCACUUCUUCGGCGAAUGUCAUCGGUUUGACCAGUCAGCAUUGAACAUUGUCAUUUCUAGAAUAUUCCAUCACACAAGGAAGGUACCACUUAUUCCCAGUACGUUCUUUAAGAUCGACAGAAAUCACAGAAUGAAUUAUUUCGAAACGAUGUAAAAGGAAUCGUGAGUUGGUUAUCAUAUCU